CAUGAUGUGUAUUUUCGUCAUAUGACACCGACGAGUGGACUGGUCCCCGCCGCGAGCGAGCUCCCCCGACGUCCCCCUGCGAAAACAAAGGCGAACUCCCACCACUUGUCAGGGAUGAGACGGUGUAGACCGACAUUGUCUGGCGGCCGUGCGAGAUAAUAUCCGGAGGAUGGAGCGUCGGGGACUUCUGCCCGCGAUAGCCGCCGCGUGUUUCAUAGGCCUGGUGGGGAGCCAGACCACACUCACUCCUGCUGUGAUUAACACCACUCUCAUCGAGAAUGUGACCAGUCUGACUCUAACUCCCGUGAUUCUCAGCAGCACCACCCCGGGCUGCUUUGCAUUCAACACUUCAACUUGUGAGCCUUGUGCGCCGGGAUCGCAAUACGACAACAGCACCCUCCUGUGUGUGUGUUGUUCUGACCCCGGGCUGUGUCUAUUUCCUGGGGCUUGUCUGGCAUGCACCAAAGGUUUCUAUCAGCCACUCGCUGGACAGCAGCAGUGUCUGCCCUGCAACCAGGGCUUCUACACAAAUUUCACUGGAAGUCCGUUAUGUCACCCCUGUCCUCGAGGAUCCUUCAAUAAUAAAACUGGUGAAGAGAGUUGCACAAGAUGUUCACCAGGUUUCUUUUCAUCACAGCAGAGUUCCACUUCAUGCACACCAUGUGGACUAGGAAGUUUUUGCAACUCCUCUGGUUGUACAGAGUGCCAGAUGUGUCCUGGAGGAGCAGAGGCUCUACAGGCCGCUGCUAAAGGCUGCACACCAUGUCGGCCAGGCAUGCACAAGGCUCGCCAUCAGACUAUGUGUCAAAUCUGUGGCAGUGGCUUCUUUCAGAUCCACUGGGGCCAGGAAAACUGUGACGUUUGCCCAGAGAAUCACUACUGCCCUAGUCCAGAUGUGAACCCCAUUCUGUGUCCAAGUGAUGCCUUUUGUCCAGAGGGCAGCUUGGCUCCAGGCUACUGCAUGGAGACCUUCUUCCGCAAAGCAGGGGACACUUGUGAAUUGGCUCCUGUCACUAUUGCUCUAUUAGUUAUUGGAGGUGGAGCUUAAUGGGACAGAGCUUGUUUUUUUCAAUCAUAAAAGGAAACAAACAGUGAUGAGACAAACGAAAUGUGCAGUGGAACUAGAAAAAAGCUGAGCUACUCUCCACUCUUGACCUGACAAUGGACGAUUAAAAAAGGACUGUAAAACAGGAUAACCAUUGUGGGCUAUAUAAAUGUAAAUGAACCUUGUUAAUUCAGACUUCACUUUUGUGAAUAAAAGCUGUCACCAAAUAGAAAAGUUUUAUCGUCAAGUUACAUCGUUUUUCCUUUGUUCUUUUUUUUAUGCUUAAUAUUAUUAUUAGUAGUAUGUUUUUAAAUUGAUAAUAAGCUCAUUUCAUAUAUAAGUAAGUAUUGUUCUGGGAAUGUAGUUAUUGUCAGUGAUAUAUAACACUUUGAUUUUCUGAGAGACUUUUUAUCCAAUAAGUAAUUUGGUCAUUUGGCCUCAUGGAAACAGUAACUCUUUUCUUUUUGCACAAUGGAAACAGAUUAUGUUCCUGCCCUUACACUGAGACCACAUUAUUCACAAACAAGACAUAAUGAAACAAAAUAAGAAUCAUGCUCAUGUAUCAAUGCGUUCUUUGUGUCUGUCUAUUAAGCCCUACUGUGGAUGGUCAUUUUGUGUAACAUUUUUGGUUUUCCUCCCUUCCUUUUCCAGUGGCUUUACUCUUUAUCAUUUUAAUGGUUCUGCGUCGACGGAGAGACACUGAUGGAGAGCUGACUUUAGCCCGAGCUCCCUUAUUAAGAAAAGAGCGACC